AUGACGUGGAACGCCAGCGGCCUGAGUACUUUGGUGUGGGCCGAGGUCAAGGCCUGGCUAAGUAAGCAGCGUGAUCACCUUGACAUUCUUUGCAUUCAAGAAACAUUUUGGCGAGAGGACAUGCAGUGGGAGGACAGGGAUUGGUGUUUUGUGCACCACGGCAGCGGUGCCUCCAAGGAGGCAGGCUUGCUGACAUGCAUUUCAAAGCGUCUUGCCGGACCUGAUUGCAUUAGGCACGGGUCCAUCGUGCCAGGUAGGCUGCACCAUCUACGGAUCACACCGACCGCUGGACACCAGCCCAUUGAUCUGCUGCACGCCUAUCAAUAUGCAUGGAACCACCGUAAACAGGACAGCAAGACUGCAUGGUGGCAGGAUGCGAUGCGCCGACGUUCUCAAUUUCUGCAUAAGCUGAGCAGCACCCUCAGAUCUCUCCCACGCCGUAAUUUACUCUGCCUGGUAGGGGACCUGAACACUCAGUUUACCGCCUGCAAAGGAGUUGUUGGCUGUGGUAUUCCUUACUCUGCGCCCCCACAGCAAGAUAGUCAGGAGAUGCUCCACAUGUUGAGCUCCUUCGGGCUGGUUGCGACCAAUACUUUUGGACAGGCUCCGGGUGCCACGUUUGUCAAUCCUGCCACAAAUGCACAGACUCAGAUAGAUUACAUCAUUCUUCGUGGAGCGCAUGCGGAUGGCACGAGCCUCGCCAGUGGACCAUUCCAUGACUGGCCUGUUGCCACGAGCCGCCUGGGCUCCCGACACAUUCCGGUCCGGGGCUCAUUUCCGUUCACGUGGUGCCCUUGGAAGCACGCUCACCCGAAACGCACCCGGCUUGUGCCUAGGAUAGUUUGGGAUGAAACUAAGAACGACCCGGCCAGGCAGCAUGCAUUCUGUGAGCAACUCAGACAAACCAUGCCUUGCAACCCCACCAUCUCUCAAAUCGAUCGGUGUCUCACUCAGGCGUGGCUCAGCAGUCAGCCCCAGCUGGCACGAAGCAGUGCAACGACCGCAUCUUCAACGGAGGCGGCGCCUGCACUACCACGAGUCAACGAUGUCUCUGCUGUGACUGCAUUGUGGCAGUUGCGUGCCGAGCGGGCCAACCUGGCCCACGGCCCACCUGUGUACUGUAUGAGAGCGGCCUUCUCUGCCUGGAGGCUUGAUCGCCGCAUUCAGGCACUUGAACGCAUCAUCACAACUGAGAGACGUACUCGCAAGAAGGCGUUCCUUCUUGAUCAAACCGCCCAAGCGGAACAGGCGGUUCAGUGUGGGCAGCUGUCCACCGUCUACCGGAUCGUGAAUCGUCUUGCCCCGCGCAAGGUUCGAGUGCGACUGCAAAUUCGCGAUUCAGAGGGGAACCUUCAGGGUCCACAGGCCGAGUGCGACUCUCUUCUCAAGUACUUUCGGGAGCUGUUUGCAUCUGAUAGGACUGGUCCUGUGCAGGUAUUCGACUGCAGCGCUCACUUGUUUGACUCAGGCAUGUGCACCUCAGCCCUGGCUUCCCUGUCAGCCCUUAAAGCUGCGCAUCCUUCGGCAUCACCAGGAGUUCUUUGGAAACUCGCGGCCAAGGAGGUGGGCCCAUUGCUGAGUGAUUGCCUCAACGCUGCCUUUGCGAGCAUUCCCAACACGUUACCCAUGCCCAUCAGACAGAUUGCGCUUUGUUUGUUGCCAAAACCUAACAAAAAGUCACAGCAGCCUUCGGACACCAGACCGAUAAGCUUGUUGAACCCGGCCAGCAAGGUACAUGCAAUCAUGUUGGCACAGCUCAUCACCCCCUUCCUUCAGAACUACAUUUCUACAGUUCCCCAAUUUGCUUAUGUGCAGGGGAGAUCAACGACUGAAGCAUUGCAUAGGGUGGUGUCACAUUUCUACAGUGCCCGAGCGGCUGCACCGACACGUGAGAAAAUGGUUCAACGCCGCCGUGACUCCACUUCUCGGGCGGGCUGUGUGGGUGGGAUAACGUUCUCGUUGGAUGUCGCCCGUGCUUUCGAUUCCCUUCCGAGAACUGUGAUUGCUGCUAGCAUGCGUGAGGCUGAAAUACCCGAACCCAUUGUGCAACAAGUCCUAGCGAUUCACUCUCAAUUGCUUGUCGAAAUCGAGCACUGCGGUCUCAAGGCCACGUGUGCUACGUCUCGGGGGGUGCGGCAGGGUUGCCCCUUAUCACCUGCCCUUUGGGCACUUGCUUCGGGGUUUGUGUAUCGCCGGUUACUCGAGGGGCUGGGCUCACAUGCUGCAGGCAUCCUCACUUUUUAUGCCGACGAUCUAAUAUCGCAAUGGAUGAUUCGGACGGUCACUGAUCUCACUGAUUGCCUAGGCCAGCUGCACAAGCUUGUUCAGAUUCUACGCUUUCAUGGAAUGGAGGUCAGCGACACCAAAAGUGUCAUUCUCUACCAGCUGCACGGCACCCAGGCCGACCGACUUCUGAGCAAAAUGCGCUUCAAGGAUAAAGGUGUCCCAAAACUUCGUGUUGCGCCAGACUGCGCCUUCCCGAUUGUCCGAAAACAUCCUUAUCUUGGCAUCAUCCUCAGCUACGGUGCACUGGAACACCACACCAUUGUGCAUAGAUACCAUCGAGCCGGCCAGCUCUUCUCCAGGCUUCGACCGGUACUCACUGCGAGACACAACCUCAGCCGACGCACCCGGCAACGUUUGUGGCUGUCGAUUGUUUGGCCGUGCCUUAAGUACGGGCUCACUGCUUUGCAACUUGAGGACAAAGAAAUAUGCAAAGUGCGGGGCAUUGCGACACGACACCUUCGUAUUGUCAGCAGCCAGCUGUCGAAGGACACGCAUGUCCCCACAGAGGCCUUUCUGUCUGAUUUAAAGUUUGAUUUCCAGGGUCGACUCGGCAAGGAGGUCGCCGGCAAUCUGGCACGGUUUCGGGCGCUGGACCCGGCACUCCAGAUCGACAGGGUGGCGCAGUGGCAUGUGAUACUUCAGGCAUCCUUUGCUCGGACGCCGGUGGCACCUCAGCCGCCUCAGGCUGCUUCGACGCAGGUAGGGCUGCCGCAGCCUGCUAUUAGUCGCAGCCACUUUGCAAACAGGGGCGCCCGCGGCGGGGCCCAAGCAUUCUCUCAGGCGUCCAAGACCGGACAAAAUCGAUCGCAGACGAUGCUCAACGGUGAGGUUCCUAUGCCCGACCUCAGCAGUGCACCUUCAACCUCCCUUCGUGAGGUCAGCAUGGUAGCCGGCCAAUACGCUUGCCCUGAUUGUCCAUGUAUCUUUCCCAACUCAGGUCUGCUCCAGCGGCACCGUGUCCGAGAGCAUGGAACACAGGCACAUCGUGAUGUCAAGCAGGCCCUCUCUGCUGUGAAUCAAGUCGAACACUCCCUGGAUGGUGUCCCAACGUGCAGAUACUGCCUUCGCGAGUUUAAUGGGUGGAGAAAUUUUAAUUUGCACAUCCUAUUUGAUAGUUGUGUGCCAAAGCGGCAACAAGCCGUCACACCUCUUCUGCUGGGGUCUUCGGACCGGGAAGAGGCUCCAUCUGCUGAACCCGUCACGGCGCUGUCUGCCGGCGGGGACCCCAAUACCGAUGCCAUCACGAAUGCACACACUAACCCUGUGCCAUUUGCUGCGAGGCUUCUGGACGAGCCCUGUCUGAGGGAUGAGGCGCACACGACCCUUAGACGAUGGCAGUACAUUGCCUCCAAGGCUGAGCUUCACGCCCGCAUGGCGCAUAAAUGCCCGGUGUGCAAUUUGUGGGCGAAUGACGGUAGUCGGAUCAAAGUGCACAUGCGCUGCAAGCACCCGGACAUUAUUGACCGCCUCAAUCAAGCCGUCAAGGUUGCACUGUCAUUUGGCAAUCCAUCUUCGCUAGCUUGGAUCCUGCACUACUCCCCCCUCAUUGCCAUGACGAUGGACGUGGACAAGAAGCUGACGGCCGAACAAGAGGAGGAGCGAGAAUGGGAAGUGUACACGGCGUUCAUGGGCCAGGUUCUGCAAUCAGCACCAGCAUCGACCAAGAGACCACUCGAAUCCGAGACCCCGAGCAAAUUUCAGAAGACGGACCCCAAGCCGGGAAAGGGCAAGGGAAAGGGAAAGGGAAAGAAAGGGGGAAAAGGAGGCGCCAAAAGCAAUGCAGCCAGCCACGACAACACGAACAAGGACGAGGAGAUAGCGGAGCUGCGCACCCUCUGCCACUUGAUGAUACGGCUGGCGGUACGGCACGAAGAUGCCUUGAAAACACUGCAAUUGGAUACCAGCUUUGUCAUAUGGAUGCGUACAGGCCUGCCAUGCGGAGUCCCCGAGGCUCUGUUCGAGGUGGCAACGAAAUGGAAGGCCGACCGCGAAAUCAACCCGCCCACUUCACCGAUGCGGCUCACUCUAUGGAUGUGUGUAUGGCGAGAAUUUCUUCAGCGCCUGCAGCCAGCCCGCUUGACCGAGGAGAUCCAGAACAACAUGAAGCAGCUUGGCUACAUCAGCAGCGCCGGGACCUGGAACUACCUUCGCUGGGACUCCGAACAAGCCAAGUUGAUUCCGGACACCAGCAAAACGCCACUGACAAAGGAGGCGGCGAUCAAUCUGGUCGAGGGGGUGAUCCGCUUGGCCAAGGAUUCCCAGCUGCUCACAAAGUUCACGCCGACGCGGCCCCUUGCAGCGGAGCUCAAAGGUCCCUCGAUCACAUUCCUGGCUUCAGUGUCAAACCGCUCCACACCAAGCGACCAACUGCACGCAUCGUUGACGGAACUCUGCGGCAGUGCUUGCUGCCAAGUAAUCGGCAUGGCAAUCAAACCCGAACGAUUGACAAGAUCCCCUCUGGCUCAGCAGAUCUUCAAGUGGCUGCCGUCCCAGCGCAGACCUCAUCAGAGAGCUCUACUUUGUCGCAUGCUCGGGAUCCCUGUGCCAACUUACGGUUAA